AUGACCAUAAAAACUUUCGCGAUUGAAUAUGAUUCCAUCAACAGCAAGAACAUCUUUACAAAUGGAGAUACUAUCAAUGGAAGAAUCAUCGUGGAGGUCUCUAAGGAAACUAAAAUCCAGGCGCUUAUUUUCAUCGCAAAAGGAAAGGCCACCGUGUGCUGGAGUGAACAUUAUGGACAGUAUCAUCAUCAUGUGUACAGGUCCAGUGAGAAGUAUUAUGAAGUCACGCAUCACAUCCUAAGAGAGGCAAGACAAGAUGGUAAUGUAUCAAAUCAAUAUCUCUCUAAUAUUGAUAAUGGCUAAUAUUUUAAGUAAUCAGCCUCUCAAUUUAAAGACUUUCCAAACUUUUCCAGGCACUGAAAUCAUUGGAAAAGGAAGACACGUGUUUCCUUUUUCCUACACAAUUCCUGACAGGUGCUUAUUUUUUUUUCUAUUUCAUAUUUAUUUGGGUGUUUUUUUCUUUCUCUUAUUUUAGUUGAAUCAUUUUUCUACAAUUGCACUCAACAGGAAAAUCCCAUCAACAUUCAAAGGCAGCAUAGGAAAGAUUGUUCACAAGUUGAAGGCAGAGCUGAAACAGUCGAUGAAGCUGACUAAAAAAGCCAAAACCCACUUCACAUUUGUGUCCAGAGCAGACAUGGACACCCCUGGACUUAUGGUUAGAAAUCAUUCAUCUUUAAAAAUGCAAACUUUAUCUACUCACAUGUCUUUUCAGGAGAAAUACAGUAGACAGCUUUGACUCGUCUCCCCUUUUUCAGGAACCUCAGUAUGGGUGCAAGGAUAAAUCUGUGGGAGUUUUUGGCUCUGGAAAUGUUUCAAUCGAUGUUCACACCAAGCGGAUGGGAUACACGCAAGGUAAUGUGGAGUUUAAGCAAAUUCACCCUGCAUGUGAAUAGUUUUAACACACUGUUGCUCUCUGCGUGAGGAUACAGCUCUCUUGAGGAAUCAGGUAUAUCAGGUUUGACUUUAGAUUGUUUAAAGAAAACAUUUCACUUAUGGAAAAAUCAGGUUUGGUAACAUUGCUGCUCCUAGAAAGUAAAGCAAGUCUUUGCUAUUUGUCACACAUUAGGAGACCAGCUGUACUGUUUUGAAAUAAACUGCUCAGAUGCAAUCACAAAUUCAGGCAUGAGAAGUGUUUAACAACAGCCUCUAUGCCUCUGUUUCACAGGUGAGGGUAUCCAGGUCAUCGCUGAAAUCAGCAACCGCUCAUCUCGUUCGGUGAAGCCCAAGUUCACGCUGUACGAAAAGAGGAGUUUCUUUGCACAGGGUCGCAGGAGAGUUCACACAAAUGAGAUCCUCAAGGACAAGCUCGAGCCGAUUGAAUCCUCCGACAAAAAGACUGUAACCAAGGUGAUCACCAUCCCCAGGGAUCUACCUCCCUCCAUCCUCAACUGCUCCAUCAUCAAGCUGGAGUACAGACUGAAGGUAAGGCUGCCAGUCAAAAGACAGUUUGUAAACUCUUUUUGAUGUAUUUUGAGUUUUUUAUUUAUUUUUUUAAUGCCUCACUUUUGCUUUUAACUUUAAAGCAGUUGUGGUAUUUUGAAUAAUCUCUUAUGUGGAAAGACUCAGCACAAUAUGCUUUAACAUUACAUUAAAAGGUGUUUAAAAAGGCAGUGGAAUUUUACGGACUGGAUGUUGAUGAAAUGAUUAUCUGAAAUAAAUAAUGAUGCCUUCAAAAGCCUUAAAAAUAAACUAAUAGCGACCUCUAGUGGUCAAACUAUUGAAGUGGAAAUCAUAAUGAGCGUAAAUCCGGAGACUUUGGUUUUAUCACUCUUUCACUGUAGAUAUCAAAAUAGAUUUGUUAUCCUUAUGUUGACCUGUACUGUGUACUACAACACGAUAAAAAAAAACUCCAACAGUAAAAAAUAAUCCCAUGUUUUUACAGGUCUAUCUCGAUAUCAAAUGUGCCUCAGACCCAGAGAUCAAACUUCCCAUUGUCGUCCUCCCUGCCCUCGAGGCCCCCUCUCAUAAACAACCUCCUCCUUCUGCUGGUUUUGGAUUUGAACCUUUUGGGAACCCAAACCCAGCACCCUGGGGCAUGACGCCACCACUACAAGUUGCACCCAGGCCGGUGGAUCCACCACCUCCGUAUGGAGCAUGUGCAGCACCAGCGAUGUAUCCCCCCGUAAAUCAAUAUGGCCAAUACGAGAAUAAAUUCUGA